UGCGUAAUCACCGGACGAGACGUCACAUAUCCCACAAUCCUGUGCGACUGAACACUAGAAAUGGCGUCGAGGGCACCAGCUGCAACCAGCAGGCUCAUGGUGGGCUUCAGGAAGUGGUACUACAAUGCAUGCGGUUUCAACAAACUUGGCUUGAUGCGGGAUGAUACCAUCAAUGAGAACAAUGAUGUGAAAGAAGCCAUUCGUCGGCUCCCAGAACAGGUUUACAAUGACAGAAUGUUCCGCCUCAAGAGAGCUCUGGAUCUUUCAAUGAAACAACAGAUUCUUCCCAAGGACCAGUGGACUAAACACGAGGCGGUGAGAAAGCAUGUCAGCUGAUUGUAUACUAAUUUUAGCUGCUUUUUCUUUGUGUAUUGUGCCUAAAUGUUUUAUGACCCAAAGAUUUUUAAAUAAUG